GAGGCCUCGUGGCGCGAAGUUGGAUUUGCGUGAAGAAGAAGCAGUUACGAUUAUACGUAGUUGAUUAGAGACUCCAGUAAAUUAUGGUAGGCCUAGUUAGAAAUGCCGAAAAAAUCUAGAAGCCAAACCCAGUGCGUGAAUCCCCUCUUUCUCAGUUGGUUGGAAGGAUGGAGGGAUGACGCGAAAGAGAAAGGACUGAAUGCGCAAUGGACUUACGAAAAGGCAAUAUCAUCCUUAAAGAAAUACCCGCUACCUUUGAAAGAUGGAAAAGAGGCAAAGAUCCUUGAAAACAUUGGUGAUGGCAUUGCAAAGAAGUUAGACAAGGCUCUGGAUGAGUUUAUACGGAAUGGUGGAGACAUUAAUGCAAUGCAUGCUUUACCAACACAGUCUGCAUCAGAAAGCAAAUCAGGAAGUAAAGGAGCUGCCGCAUCGGUAAGAAAAUCAGGAAGUAAAGGUGCUGCUCCACCAGCAAGGAAAAAAGUAUCCCAGGAUAAUGAUAAAAGUGUUGAAGACCAGCUGAAUUUACCAGAACCAGAGUCCAAAAAGAGAAGAAAGGAGUACAUGCCUAAACAAAGGACCGGACCAUUUGCACUGGUGUUGACAUUGUACAGAGAAAGCCAGGAUGCAACUUACAAAGGGUAUUUAAUGAAGGAAGAGUUACAAAGAAAGGCAGAAUUACUGACAGAAAAGUCAUUCUUUGUGGCAGAACCAGGGACUCAUUAUACACCUUGGUCAUCCAUGUCGACUUUGAUUGCCAAAGGUCUAGUAAUGAAGACCAACAACCCUGCAAAAUAUUCAAUCACUGACGACGGUAAAAUACUUGGUGAAAAGUUGGAUGCAUUUGAAAAAGCAAAUCCUUCGCUCAGAGCUGCUGUAAUAUCUCCAUCUUCCUUAAAUGCGUCGCCACAUUCGACGUCCCCGUCAGUUUCUAAUUUUGUGAUCCCUGCGGAAACAACAGGCUCUAGAAUUCAAUCAAAAGCCAAAUCCUUAUCACAGUCACAUUUUGACACUCCUGGAACAUCAAGUAGUAACGGAAAUCUCCUGUAUUGGUAUGUCGAUGAAAGUGGCAAAAUUUCCAGCAGAAAGGACGACGCCCUGGUCAAAGUUGAAGAAAAUGGAAUUUGGUUCCUUAUAAAAUGCGAAGAAUGUGCCUUACAGCGUUGUGAUGCAGUUUACCAGUUAGAUAGUGCCAGGCCCAAGGAAGAGCCUUACGUUUUUGCAUUUCUCUCUGACGAACAUGCCAAGAAUAUUUCUACUCCACCAGACAUUCAACAAUGGGCAGCCAAGCAGCCAAUAAAAAGUACAAACAUAGUGAAAUAUCAGGAUCCUAGUCUUCCACAAAUUCGAGAAAGCUCAAGUGCUAAAGAUGAAGACCAAGCAUCGCCACUGUUCGUUAUGAAGCCAGGAACGUUUGAAAUAAUUUUGUGCGUUGAUCAAAUGGAAGUCACUGGAGGAGCAAAUACAAACAGUAAAAGGAUGAUGCUGGAACAGUUGAAGAGGAUAAAUGUGAAAAUGGAUGUGCGAAAGCUGCAGCUAGGAGAUUUCCUUUGGGUAGCAAGGGAUAAAUUUCAGGGUUCGAAAAAGGAAGUGGUCCUGGAUUUUGUCAUUGAGCGAAAAAGGAUGGAUGACCUGGCUGGUAGUAUUGUUGAUGGAAGAUUCAAAGAGCAGAAGUUUAGGCUGAAAUCAUGUGGACUAAAGCAUCCAAUAUACUUAAUAGAAAGUUAUGGCUCGAUGCAGCAUAUGGUGUUACCAGAAGCUACCUUGAAACAAGCCAUCAUCAACUCACAAGUUGUGGAUGGACUUUUCAUUCGCAAAACUGACAGUAUAUACGAAUCUGCAGCUUAUCUAUCAAGAAUGACACAGCAUUUGCAAAAUAUCUACCAGAACAAAACAAUAAUGGCCUUUUCAUCUGGGUAUAUCAAAAGUGCUAAACAAGACCAAAGGUUUCGAGAUGUUAUCCGAGAGGAAGUUCAGAAGUUCAUGACAUUUGAUGACUAUUACCAAAUCACAAACAAAAACAAGUUGCUUUCAGUAAAAGAAAUGUUUGCCAAGCAGUUAAUGCAAUUGAAAGGAGUAUCUGCAGAUAAGGCAGCAAGCAUUGUUAGUGUUUACGAAACCCCUAAAAGACUUAUGACAACUUUUGAAAAAUGCAAAACAGACGAGGAAAAAGAUAGUUUGUUGUCAGAUCUAACGUAUGGCAAAACGAAAAGGAAAAUUGGACCAAUGCUUGCAUCUCAAAUUAGGAUGCUUUAUACGAGAACAAAGUUGAUGUGAAACUUUUUCUCUGUAUUUUCAUAGUCACAUUUUUAUAAGUUCACAAUAUAAAAUAUUUACGAUUUGGUAAUCAUUGAAUAAUUGUUUUCCAAUACAAAAGUGCAGGUAGUCUAAGACAGUUAGCUUUUGACAGGUGUCACCCAGUAGUUCCACCCAGUCUCAGGCCCGUCUGGACCUGCAAUGGUUGCUUUGAAAGCCUCAGUUAUAGGUAUCAGUUAUAGGUAGGCUAAUCAUCUCUAUGUAUGAGCUAAAUGUUUGGUCUACCUUUAGCAAGCUCUGCCAGCUGAGCCACAACUUUUGAGCAUUCAAGCCAUUUGUUGUUUGAAGAAUUGCUCAGUGAUGAUAUAUUCUCAGCAUAUUUUAGGCAUUUCUUUAAAUAUCUAGAAUGCAUAAGAAAAUAAUUUUUAGAAAUUAAUUUAUUUAUAAACUCUUCAUUCGCUCGAAACACUUUAUUUUCCCCUUUUGUCUGAAGCCUAACACAUAGGACCUCUCCCUUUUCAACCCAGUAUCGACUCUCUGUAUAGACAUUACCAAAUAGUCUUUCUGUUAUCAUUCUGCCAUUACCAAAUAGUCUUUUCAAUCUAUUUAGAGUUAAGGGAACGGAAAAUAAAUAGGUUAUUUACAGCCUAUGGGUAUCGGAUUUAGUAUGUUUAAUCUAAAAUCCUGUAAUUGAUUUAAUUCUGUAGGAGUUUUGAUUGAAUUAGUGUUUUAAUUUGUAGACAUCUCUUUCAUGUUUUUCUUAGGCCUUGUACAAAGCUUAAGAAAGCAAAUGGAUAUUACCAAUUUAGGUUCUUAAGCAUACAGUAAUGAUAGGUUUGCACAAGCAGAAGACAAUGAUAUAGGAACAAAAUGUGGUCUCAUAACAAGGAAAAGGUUGGGAAUUAUCUUUCAAAUUAAAUGUUUUGUAAAAUGUUGGGAUGUAUCUUAUAAAUGUUUUGCCUUUAACAAGUGUGAUGCAAAUGGAAUAUUAAUUUUUGUAAAAACAAUGGUUGUUUUAA